ACAUUUAAGAAGAGCCAUGGCACAUAACCCAGGUUCUCUGGCAGAGACUUCCGUGGUCAAGUUCAACAAUCAGGACUUUCUGUCCUUACGGGAUCAUUGCCUAAGCAGGAACAUGAAAUUUAAGGAUGAGACAUUCCCUGCUAACGCUUCGUCUAUUGGCGAGAAGCUGUGCCAGGGAAAAAACAUUUCCAACCUGCAAUGGAAGAGGCCAAGGGAUUUACUAAAAUCUACCAGCUCUUCCCCUCACUUCAUCUUGGAAGGUACAAGUAGAUUUGACAUCCAACAAGGAGAAGCAGGAGAUUGCUGGUUCCUGGCAGCACUGGGCUCCUUGACCCAGAACCCUCAGAGUCUGCAGAAGAUCCUGAUGGACCAAAGCUUUUCCCACCAGUACGCAGGGAUUUUUCGGUUCCGGUUCUGGCAGUGUGGCCAGUGGGUGGAAGUGGUGGUGGAUGACCGCCUACCUGUCAAUGGCAAGGACUCCCUGCUUUUUGUGUGUCCUCGAAACAAGAAGGAGUUCUGGCCCUGCCUGCUGGAGAAAGCCUAUGCCAAGCUGCGUGGAUCCUAUUCUCACCUGCACUAUGGCUACCUCCCUGAUGCCCUGGUGGACCUCACGGGAGGAGUGGUCUCCAGCAUCAGCCUGCACGCCUCUCCUUCCGAACUGCUGAUGGCAGUGAAGACAGCAGCCAAGAGAGGUUCCCUGAUGACCUGUGCCACCCCAAAAGGACUGACAGGCGAGUCCACAGUGAUGGAGAAUGGGCUUGUAAGUCAGCAUGCCUACACCAUGAUUGGGGCUGAGCAGAUUCAGUACAGGAGGGGCUUGGAAGAAAUCAUGUGUCUAUGGAACCCCUGGGGCAGAAAGGAAUGGACUGGGCGCUGGAGUGAUAGGUCUCAAGAGUGGCAGGAAACUCAUGACCAUCGGAAAAGCCAGCUGUAUGAGAACAAGGAAGAUGGCGAGUUUUGGAUGUCUUGUCAAGAUUUCCAAGAGAACUUUUCCAGCCUGUUCAUAUGCAACCAGAUGCCAAUAAUCCUGGACCGUGGAAUCAUGCCUCAUGAAGAAUGGGACCAAAUGAUAUUUCAGAACCAAGUGAUCCUAGGAAACACUGCAGGAAGACCUGGGAGUGACUCUCACUACUUCUUUUCUGUGCAAAACUUCAUGGAAGGACACAAUGCUGUUGUGUCCUUCACUGUCAUGCCACAGGAAGCAGACCUGAAAUAUCCACUGUCCUUCGAAGUGUACAAGGUGGACUCUCAGUUCCAACAGUUCCAGGAGAAAUUGCCAUCUACAUUCUUCUCCAAAUUCAGAAUUGCUGCUGAGGGCACAGGUGACAAAUCCAUAGGGUGCAACUUCACAAAGUCCUACCAUUUAAGCCCUGGGACCUAUGUUGUGGUCCCCUGGGCAAAAAGAGAAAAAGUCAAGUUCUUGCUUCGAAUCUUCCUGAAAAUACCAGACAGUAACAGGAAUCCAAACAGCAAUUAUAACCUCAGAGCACUGAAGGGAAGUCCUUUAGAAAGUGGCUCCCAGCAAAGCAUUUUCUACAGAUACGCUCAGCAGGGGCAGGACAUUGAUGCCACCCAGCUUCAGAGUCUUCUCAACCAGGAGCUCCUGACAGAACUUCCAGGGGACACUUUCUGCUUGGACCAGUGCCGCAGCAUCAUAGCUCUGAUGGACCUGAAAGUGAAUGGGCGGCUCGACCAGGAGGAGUUUGGGAGACUGUGGAGUCGGCUUGUCUGCUGCCAGCAUGUUUUCCAGGACAUUCACAAGAGCUCUGGAGUUCUGAGCUCAGAUUUGUGGAAGGCCAUACAGAAUACAGACUUCCUUACAGGGAUCUUCGUCAGCCGUGAGCUGCUGAAUCUCAUGACCCUCCGGUACAGUGACAGCACCGGCAGGGUCAGCUUCCCCAGUCUGGUCUGUUUCCUGAUGCGCCUGGAAGCCAUGGCAAAGACAUUCCGCAACCUCUCCAAGGAUGGAAAAGGACUCUACCUGACAGAAAUGGAGUGGAUGAACCUGGUCAUGUACAACUGA